GCGGGCAGUGCCGGGACCCCCCCGCGGGCCCCUCCCCGCUGUGCCGCUGCCCCCCGGGGUUUUCGGGGCGCCGCUGCGAGCACAACGCCGAUGACUGCACCCCGAACCCCUGCGCGCACGGCGGCACCUGCCAGGACGGCGCCAACUCCUUCACCUGCAGCUGCACCUUGGGCUUCGGGGGUCCGCGCUGCCGCCGCCGCGCCGGGGCCUGCGCCCCCAGCCCCUGCCGCCACGGCGGGACGUGCUUCACGCACUUCUCGGGCCCGGUGUGCGCCUGCCCCCCCGGCUUUAUGGGGGUGCGCUGCGAGGAGGCGGUGGGCGCGCCCCCUCCCCAGAGCGCGGGGCCGCAGCGCCGGGGCGCGGCCCCGCUGGCGCUGUGCGCGCUCCCGCUGCUGCUGCUGGCGCCCGGCGUGGGGCUGGCCGUGGCCAGGAG